AUGUUCUCCAAGGUCCUCUCCGCCACUACCGUGGCUCUGCUUGCAUCCACACUUGCUUCUGCUCAGACAUUCACUGCCUGUGACCCCACAAAGAAGGACUGCCCUGCCGACCCUGCUGUUGGCGGUACCGUCAGCAUAGACUUCACAAAGGGUGAGAACGACUUUUUCACAGUAGCAGAUGGAACCAAGCUCUCCUACGAUCCCUCCCUCGGCGCUGUCUUCAGCAUCAGCAAUGAGAACGAGGCCCCCACCAUCAGCAGCACCAAGUACAUCUUCUUCGGAAAGGUUGACGUGACUGUUCGCGCGUCUGUCGGCCAGGGUGUAGUCACCAGCUUUGUGCUUCAAUCCGAUGAUUUGGACGAGAUCGACUGGGAGUGGCUCGGUGGUGACGAGUACAACGUCCAAACCAACUACUUCAGCAAGGGUGACACGACCACCUACGAUCGUGGUGGUAUCUCUCCCGUCGGAAGCCCCCAGGACACUUUCCACACCUACACCAUUGACUGGACCGCCGAGCGUCUGAACUGGAUCAUCGACGGUACCGUUGUCCGGACUUUGACAUACGCCGAUGCUAAGGGAGGUGCUACCUACCCCCAGACCCCCAUGCAGAUCAAGCUUGGAACCUGGGUUGCUGGCAAGAAGGACGCUCCCAAGGGUACCGUCGAGUGGGCUGGUGGCUACACCAACUUCGCUGAUGCUCCCUUCCUCGGCUACUACAAGAGCGUUGUCAUCACCGACUACAGCAACGGUGUCGAGGGUGCCAAGGAGUAUUCUUACGGUGACCGAUCUGGUACCUACGAGUCCAUCAAGAUCAGCACCACCGGCGGCGAUGUCUCUGGUGGCAAGAGCUCCUCUUCCAGCUCCGCCGUCAAGCCUACUUCCACCUCCGCCUCCGCCAAGGCCAGCAGCACCAAGCACUCUUCUACCUUCAGCACUGUCACCAGCAGCGCUGUGAGCUCCUCCGGCACCGCCAGCGCCGAUGCUACCGACUCUACUGCCUCAGCAACUGAGACCGCCGCCUCCACCUCCGGAUCCAGCACCACCGCCGCUGAGACUAGCAGCACCCCCAGCACAACCGCUGCCCCGGCCAACGCAGGUGUGAAGUCAGGCGUGAAUGUCGCCCUCCUCGGCGCCGCUCUGUUCGCCUUCUUCGCUCUGUAG